CAAAGCGACGCUGUGGUACGUGCCACUGUCCCUGAAGAACGUGAACAAAGUGGUGGAAGUUCCUGCCAUGCAGUACGUGCGCAAAGAGCAGGAGGACGAGGGGAGGAAGCGCUACGAGGAGCAGAAACUGGACCGACUGGAAACGAAGCAGAGAAACGGUGACGCGAUCGUCCCGGUGAUGGGCCCAGACAGGCAGACUAAAGAGCCGCACACCGUGGGCUACAGCCAGUCCAGCCUCAUCCACCUGGUGGGCCCAUCGGACUGCACCCUGCUGGGCUUCGUGCACGGCGGCGUCACCAUGAAGCUCAUGGACGAGGUGGCGGGCAUCGUGGCGGCGCGCCACUGCAAGACCAACAUCGUCACGGCCUCCGUGGAUGCCAUCAACUUCCACGAGAAGAUCAAGAAAGGUAGUGUUAUUACUAUUUCUGGGCGCAUGACCUUCACGAGCAAUAAAUCCAUGGAGAUUGAGGUCUUUGUGGACGCCGAUCCCUUUGUGGAUGAGCCGCAAGAACGAUACCGCGCGGUCAGUGCUUUCUUCACCUACGUGUCGCUGAGCAAGGAGGGGAAACCUCUGCCGGUGCCGCAGCUGCUGGUAAGAGCCCUGUGGGGGGCUGCGCCGGGCUGGGGUCUCUGCCCCGUCCCGCUGCACCGCUCCUACCUGAGCGGGACUUGA